AUGGCAUCCACAGAGGUGAAGAAACCGGCGACGCCAAAGCUCUCAAAGAAAUUCCUCGUCAGGAAGCAGAAUGAACGGAAAAUCACUUCUGGGAAAAGAAUAAUUAGUCAUAAAAGGUCCCUCAGCAGCCUCACCAAGAAACAGAGGUUGGCCAUUAAAAAGCGCGCUGCCCUGCGCAAGGUUGAAAAACCCAAGAACCCCCGAUUCGUAUGAUAACUCUUUUUUGAGGAUUUGCUUUAGCCGCGUGCAUAUGCUAUCCAACAAGAAAAGAAGAAACUUAGUCUACGCAAGGUCCAAUGCUUCAAAGAUCAUAAGCGUCACAUUCGCUCAUCACUGAAGCCGGGCACUGUUCUUAUCCUUCUGGCCGGCAAGCACAAGGGCAAACGUGUAGUCUUUCUCAGAGCCCUUGACAGCGGAUUACUACUCGUAACUGGUACUUAGGCGCAUUCUUUUACCUCCUUAAGGUCCUUUCAAAUUUAAUGGCGUUCCCCUUCGUCGUGUGAAUCAGAGGUAUGUCAUUGCCACCAAGACGAGGAUUAACAUCCGCGGUGUCGCCGUGCCGAAGGCCCUAACGGACAAGUUUUUCCGUCGUGUAGACCUCAAGCCGAAAAGCAAGAACGUGGACAAGCUUUUUGCUGAAGAGCCCAAGGUAGUUGUCUCAGCAUACCCAGCUUCACCGUUAUCACUGUACUUACUCAUCUCAUCUGGUUUUGUUUUUGAGCCAUCGCAAUACUGGGUACUAAACUUUAUCAUAGCCCGAGGCUCCUUCCCAUUUAAAAAGGACUGGUUACAGGCCAGCCGGCAUGUUGUUGCCUCUGAGCCGGUACUGGAUUAAGUAUUCUAAUUAUCACCAAGGUAGUAAUGGUUCGUAAUCGUUCCUGUGAGAGCCCGUUGGAUCGUCCAGGGUUGUUCAUACGUUGGACCCUGUGGUCGAAAUAGGGCAAGCAGAGACUUUGUUGCAAUUAAAUAUACUUUAGUAGCCAAAUUUUCCCAUGUGGUGCCUGUAAGAGCUUGUUUCAAACUGGCUUCCUGUCGUUCAUUUCAGAAAUAUUCAGUUUCGGACGAGAGGAAGAAACUCCAAAAGGAGGUGGACCUUUCACUGCUUAAAGCAAUCAGAAAGCACAAGUCCUCAAAGAUAUUGGCGGCUUACCUCAAGUCUAUGUUUUCACUGAGCAGAAAGGACUAUCCCCACAAAAUGGUGUUCUAA